GCGCGCUGAUAUUGUGUACGACAUGUCCGGACGCGGCAAGCAGGGCGGCAAGGCGCGCGCCAAGGCCAAGACGCGCUCGUCGCGGGCCGGGCUGCAGUUCCCCGUGGGCCGCGUGCACCGCCUGCUGCGCAAGGGCAACUACUCCGAGCGCGUGGGCGCCGGCGCGCCGGUGUACCUGGCCGCGGUGCUGGAGUACCUGACGGCCGAGAUCCUGGAGCUGGCGGGCAACGCGGCGCGCGACAACAAGAAGACGCGCAUCAUCCCGCGCCACCUGCAGCUGGCCAUCCGCAACGACGAGGAGCUCAACAAGCUGCUGGGCAAGGUGACGAUCGCGCAGGGCGGCGUCCUGCCCAACAUCCAGGCCGUGCUGCUGCCCAAGAAGACCGAGAGCCACCACAAGGCCAAGGGCAAGUGAGAUGUGGACUCACCCUUGAGGAAAACCCCAAACAGCAAAGGCUCUUUUCAGAGCCACCCACAAUUUCG